AUGGGCGAGUUGUCUGAGAGCGAGGAUGAGGAGGACAAGACGGAUGAGAAGGAGAAGAAGGCUCUCAACGACUUCAAGGAUAAGUGGUCCAAGUAUUAUAUGGAGAAGCUUAAAGAGUUCUCGGGGGGUUGUUUUUCUGACGCCAAUGCACCGAAAGGGUUUGUGGAGGAAUUGAAGGAGUUGAUCGACAAAGAGAUUCAGCACCAGAAGACGUUAGAAUUCGGAAGUACCGAGUAG